CCCGCCCCGGGGCGGCGCCUGACUGGGGCCGGCGGCUCAGCCCAGCCUGGCUCAGCCGCCCUCGGAGUCAGCGCCGCCGCCGCCAUGUCUUCCGGGGCCAGCGUGAGCGCCCUGCAGCGCCUGGUGGAGCAGCUCAAGCUGGAGGCCAGCGUGGAGAGGAUCAAGGUCUCUCAGGCUGCGGCAGAGCUUCAGCAGUACUGCAUGCAGAAUGCCUGUAAGGAUGCUCUGCUGGUUGGAGUUCCAGCCGGAAGCAACCCCUUCCGAGAGCCCAGAUCCUGCAUUUUACUUUGAAGACUUGGAAGAAGUUUGUUGAGAAAUGCCUUCGAGCACAAAGUAAUGAAUGACUGACUCCAAGUCUCAAGAAAACACUUUUCUUUAGCCAAAUGACUGAGAUAUUUCAGACCUUUCCAGUGUCCUGAUCUUACAGCCAAAAUUCUACAGAAAUUAAUGAUUUUCUACUCAAAUAAGGAAACUGAGUGAAGUAAUAGAAUUGUUUUAAGUAAUAAUGGCUUGGUUCUCCUGAAGAAGUGCUUUGUAUUAAGAUAAAAACCUUACCACCAAUAUACUAAAAUACACCUCUUUAAUAAGUGAGUUACUGGUGUUGCUAUACCUAGAAUAUCAUGUAUGUUUUAUUAACUGGAUGUUUACAUUUUAGGAAGGAAAACACUUUUGUUUAUUAAAAAAAAUGGAGUAUUUGUAAUUUGUUGUUCCUAAGAUUUUUAUACUAUAAUAAAAUUUGUUCUAUCAUAAAUUUAUAAUUACUAAAUGAAGAUAAGAAAGUAUAAAAUUGUGGGGGAAGAAUAGACUUUACUAAUCAAAUGAUGCCUUGAUUUUUUCUAAAUAAGAAGAUUGUUUUAUUUAACACAAGAGGUGUUGUUUAGAAAGAUUCAUGUUAUGAUAUAUAUUAGGUUGUCUCAUUUUAUGUAAGAAGCAGAUUUGAACUCUUUUUAAGUUCCUUUACUUUGUGGUUGCACUUUUAAAAAGAUACUACAUUAUUUCAUGCCUUUAAAAAAAUGUUUAAAGUAGGACCUACAUACAGAGCAUUGCAAAUGAUUAAAAACAAAGUAAUGUGAAAAUAUUAUGACCUAAAAGAA